AUACCGAGGUCGGGAUGGACGAAGGCAUUCUGGCUCAUGUGACAGAGGAACAACACUUCAGAGAGAGCUGUGCUGUUUGAACUGUGUCAAUAUGAGGAUGAUACUGUGGACAGGGCUCACCAUUUUGCUGAAUCUGCAGUUUGGUUCUGCCAACAAACUUGUGUGUUAUGUCACCAACUGGGAUCAGUACAGGGCAGAACCAGCCAAAUUCACACCAGAAAAUAUAGACCCAUUCCUGUGCACCCAUGUGAUCUUUGCCUUUGCUGGGAUGAACAACAAUGAAAUCACCACUAGAGAAUGGAAUGAUGAAACACUCUACAAACAGCUCAAUGCCUUAAAGCAAAGAAACAAUAAGCUACUCACGUUGCUGGCUGUUGGAGGUGGAACAUUUGAGAAUCAGAAGUUCACCACCAUGGUAUCAUCUCAGGCAAAUCGUCAGGCAUUCGCCAAAACAACAAUAAGCUUUCUUCGCAAGCAUGGUUUUGAUGGUCUUGAUCUUGAUUGGGAAUAUCCAGGUUCCAAAGGUAGCCCUCCAGCAGACAAGCAUCAUUUCACCCUCUUGACUCAGGAUCUGGUAGCGGCUUUCAAAGAAGAGGGGCAAAGAACAGGUCGUCCACGGCUGCUCCUUUCUGCAGCAGUAUCGGCCAGCAAAAGCACCAUGGAUGCUGGAUAUGAAGUUGCAGCCCUGGGGCAGAGUCUUGAUUUUAUCAACAUUAUGACCUAUGAUUUCCAUGGAAGUUGGGCAUCUACAACAGGACACAACAGCCCUCUCCAUAAGGGCCUGCAGAGCUAUGAUCCAGUUCCUUUCUACAACUGCGAAUAUGCCAUGAAAUACUGGAAGGACAAUGGAGCCCCUCCUGAGAAACUCUUGAUGGGAUUUGCAACCUAUGGUCGAUCUUUCAGAUUGUCUGGCUCAGGUACUGGAGUUGGUGCUCCAGCCGCUGGUGGAGGUUCUCCUGGAGCCUACACCAAAGAAGCUGGCACCUUGGCAUAUUAUGAGGUGUGCACAUUUUUACAAGGAGCUACCAAAGGAUGGAUUGAAGAACAGAAAGUCCCUUAUGCUUUCAAAAAUGGAGAAUGGGUUGGAUAUGAUGAUGAAAAGAGUUUCCAGUUAAAAGCCGAAUUCCUGAAACGGGAACGUUAUGGAGGUGCAAUGGUUUGGACUCUUGGCAUGGAUGAUUUCUCAGGCAAAAUCUGUGGUCAAGGAGCCUAUGUCCUUGUUAAAAAACUAAAGGGUGUCCUUGGAAACUGAGUUCAAGAGAAAUCCCGGCAAGCAAUCUGAGGAAUGUGGUACAUUGUGACCUGAUAUCAAGCAUUUUGCAUCUUGGCAUUUUGCAUGCAUUUUCAGCAAGACAAAUCACACAAAUUCAUCUCUGUCACUCCAUACAUUACCUGUAGCUAGCAAGGAAAUGGAUAGGAGAGAAGACUACAUAUGACAUUCUCCUGCUUGAGUUAGCUACACGAUCUGAUUUCAUCCUUUCACCUCCUAGCCCGAUAAUCAAUCUUGUGAUUCAUCUCUAUAAAACUUGAAAAGUACAUGGCUUUAUGUCUAUUUCAUUCUGAAAAUUAUAAAGGAAUCAAUUUGUAAAA